AUUGGGUCAACGAGGACCUCAACACCAAGGUACAUACAUGCCCUUGACCUCUACGAGAACGGCGAGGAUGAGGCAGCGGAAGUGGUGCUGAGAGCUGUCACAGCAGAUCUACUCCACGCGCUUGGCCCAAUGCAUGAGCGGGUGUAUGAAAGCACAUGCUUGUUGGCGCGCACGCUCUGCAGACAGAGGAAAUACGAUGACGCCCGAAAAGAGCUCAUGCAUUUACCCGCCAGCUAUGCGCCCUUACUCCAUAGCGAGGGUCUAAGUCUGGUAUCCUUGAAGCACUGGUCAGAGUGCGAUCUUCACCGACAGAGCCCGAUUCCGAAUUUUCGGAAGAGUACUCGCGCAUCGGUCCUGGAGUACGUUCUUUCGGCACCAACAUGUCUGUAUUGCCGGCUACUUCUCAAUGCUAUCGACUUACUAUACCCCGGCUGGACCUCUACGCGCCGUGACAUGAAGUUCAUCCAGAUUUGGGACAUUAGACAAUCGUGGAAAGGCCAACCGUUCAUUCAACUGCGAAGGGCUGGGGAGGGUUUGACAGAGGGGCGAUUUGACAUUAUUGAGAUAAGAAUCGAAUGCGAUGAAGACUCAGUCUGGCCAGAAGACCCUCGUGGCUCAUUCUCGACGGAAGAAUGGGAAAGCAUUAAUUCCUGGGUAAAUGAAUGCGUCGGAUCCCAUUCAAUCUGUCGAGUCCCAGAUCAUUCUUACGUACCUAGAAGACUUCUGCAGGUUGGAAAUGAGUUGAGUGGUCCUCGAUUGGUUUUGAGGGAAGCGGUUGGGGAAGAAGACCGGCGGUACUGCGCCUUGAGCUACUGCUGGGGGCCGCAAAAUAGAUCUCUUACAACGACUAGGGAGAACUUGAGUCAGCACUUGAAAGGCAUGGCCUUUGAUUCAAUUCCGCAAACGAUGCAGGAUGCAAUGAUUAUUUGCCGAUUUCUCAGCGUUCCCUACUUGUGGGUAGACGCCCUUUGUAUUGUACAAAACGACAUCGGCGAGAAAGAUUGGAUCGAGAACUCCAACGAGAUGUACAGAAUCUACUCAAAUGCCCAUCUCGUCAUCUCAGCCGAUGCGAGUCCCCGGAAUACGUUUGGCUUUUUGCCAGGCCGAGAUCACAUCGAGAAACAGUGGAGACAUAUCAGCGUCCGCGAUGAGACUCAAAAUCGGUACAUCGACGCUUCUGUCCGUUCGUACGACAAUUACGCGAACAUCAACUACGAUGGUCGAGCGUGGGGCGGGACGUCUGUGCAUCCUUUGCGACAGCGGGGGUGGGCCCUACAGGAAAGCAUGCUAGCCAACCGCCGUCUUCGCUUCACAACUACUGGCAUCCAAUGGGAUUGCAAUCACUAUUAUCAAGAUGAAAUGGGUCUUAUGAGUCGCACGAUACGUUUGGCCAAACUCAUGGUGAUGUAUCCAAAUCUGAUGUCAAAGCUGAGGGACGAGAGAUCGUGGCAUUACGAUGACGAUGAAGAAGCUUCUUCACGCCAUCGAUACAUAACCUCUUUCAUGGAUCAGGAGACUUCAGCACCCAUAUAUCUUGCAUGGCAAGGAAUCGUAUCGUACUAUUCCAGUCGAGAUCUCACCCAGAUCUCCGAUAAAUUAAGCGCUCUAUCUGGUCUUGCGCGCCUCAUCUCUGAAGCUCUGUCUGUGAAGCCUGGAUCAUAUCUUGCAGGACAUUGGAGGGAUGACCUCGCCAGUAGCCUUCUAUGGUACGUCAGCCAGCCCGAGAGACCCAAUCGCUCUUCGCCUUAUCGCGCACCCAGCUGGUCAUGGGCAUCUGUGAACGGCCAAAUACAAUACUUCAGGGAAGGAUACCAAUUCCAUUUCAUGGGAGCUCUUUCAGUGCAAGAAGCGCAUUCCAGCGCUUCUUCCCUCGAUGAAUUUGGCCGCGUCGACUCUGGUAGGCUCAUAGUUACCGGACUCAUUGCUCCCGUUUCAUUACACAUAGAGCCGACACAACGCCACCGCAUCCAAUACACCGGCGGAGGUGGUUGCGCCGGGCAUCCAUAUAAAGACCAAUUUUCAUGGGUAACCUCGCCUCGUGAGAAUGGCGCAGCUGCUUCCAACGAGGAUGUUCCGUACUACGAGGUUCUGUUGGACGACAAAAUAUUGUCGGAGUCACUGCUGCCGACCUCUUACUUCUGUCUUCUAGUUGGUCGGCAUUACGAUACUGUGACUGGAGGUUCAAGGGCGUGGUGGCUUGUUCUGCGUCAAACAUUAACGGAUGACAAAUGUUAUCAACGAAUUGGUAUCGGGUACUUCCAGGAGUAUUCAAAAGAAUUGCAUAUCUUCAUUACUGAAGAUGCCAAGCAAAGUACAGUUAUGCUGAUAUAGGGCAUGUGACUGAUGGGCUAGAUCGUAUAGAUGUUACUUAUAUCAUUCUAGACCAGCUCCAUUUCAGAACCGUUAGACACAAGUUUGAAUAGAUGAAGGCGCCCUGCUGCUACGAAAUUUUUCCACCAACCAGAUUAUCUUCGUCGUUUCGGCGAACGAAUAGGGAAUUGGGUAAAAGGGAACUCUACACCUAUGGUCAGUUUCGGACAGUUGCAUACU